GGAAUUAUGGGACUUUUAGUUCUCAGCGGAGGACGAUUGGCUUGAUAACACCACGAAGAACAAAACUAGACAUUUACCACCGAAAAUAAAACAUAAGCCUCAAAUUCAGCACUAGAACGAGCUCCGUGCGCGUUGAGUCCGGAUAAAUUCGCGUGGAUUGAGUCGUCGUACGAAGAAGAGCGGCUCACUUUUGGUGAAAAAUAAACAGGAAGUUGUUAGCGUUGUGGGACGUGUAGUUCCGCUUGCAGGCCACUGAGCUUUAUAACAACGCAUAGAAUAAAGAAACAACAAUAAAAUAACCUAAACUUGACCCGAAGACCGUGCUUUUAGCCUUGACGUUGACGUAAACAUGCCCGGGUUCACCUGCUGUGUCCCUGGCUGCUACAACAACUCACACCGGGACCGGGACCUGCGCUUCUACACAUUUCCUAAAGACACCACGCUGAGGGAGCUGUGGCUGAGGAACAUCUCCCGAGCCGGGGUGAGCGGCUGCUUCAGCACCUUCCAGCCCACAACGGGACACCGAGUCUGCAGCGUGCAUUUCGCCGGCGGCAGGAAGACCUACAGCAUCCGAGUCCCGUCCCUCUUCCCUCUGCGGGGGGUGAAUGAGCGCAGGAGUCGGCGGGGAAGAGGCAGGAAAGUGUCCGCGGCAGCUCCUGCCCCCGCCGCUGCAGCGACCUCCGGGAUUGUCCUCACCAGCGUCCUGAGCAGCACGGCAGAAGGAGCCGAGGGCAAUGCUGGCGGUGAGGCGAGCGACGACAGCAUCACCGUGGUCCAGAUAGGCCAAAACGGGGAGUACCUGGGCACGGCGCGGCUGCCCGCCCAGUCAGAGGGGACUUGUUACACCGCGCCGAUCGGCAGCGCCGAAGAGCUGACCGCCGACGACUCAUCGGUGGAAACCGCUUCCACCGUGCACCAGCCGCCCGUGCAGUACGUCAGUGUGACCAGCAGCCCGCUGGACCACUCUUACUCGCUGACCACCGGCACCACGUCCACCGAGCUGCUGCGGAAACUGAACGAGCAGCGGGACAUCAUCGCACUGAUGGAGAUGAAGAUGAAGGAGAUGAAGGCGACCAUCCGCCAGCUCCGGGUGGCCGAGGCCAAGCUGCAGGAGGAGGUGCGGGAGCGGGACCGGCUGCUGUACGGGAACUCUGUGGCUUUCAGCGUCCGGAAGAAAAUCUGAUGGGUGAACUUCACCGGAGACGACCCGUCACAGAGACUCAGACUAUACCGGAGGUGACACCGAGGUGUUUGAAGACAGCAGAUCCAGCUCUAUUUUGUAUAAAACUACGAGCGAUGACAAUUUAUUUUCAUCAAGUAGAACUGAUUUUUCGUAGGCCUGAUGUAAAACAGUUGGCUGACUAGUGUAGUUUAUUAAUAACCUCAUAGUGACUUCAGUCCACUAUUGACCUGCAGCCCAACCAGGGUCAAUACAUAUUUUAUUCAUUCAAUGAGACUCAUUGUUUGCACAGAUUUACAAGUUAGGCUGUGUUACACAUUUAUAACCAGACUGAUGGGGAAGAAAACGGCCUAAUUGCAUAGAAGGUUUUUCUCUAAGAUUUAUCUUACAAUGUCUUGAUUUCCUUGGCUGGAUUUAAAUUAGGUGGUUGUUACAAGAAACAUUUCUCAGUAGAUUUGCAGAGGUAAAGUAGGCUAUAUGGCAAGAUUAAGUAUUCUUAGGAUUUUUUUUGUGAACAAAACACUAUUCUUGGCACACUUAUGGUGUUAGUCAAAGAAAUAAAACAAGCUACCAUGACUUUAUCUGAGUUGCCUUUAGUUGUUAUCCGUUUGUUGCUAAAGACAUUUGUGCAACAAAAAAUGGACUUUAAGGAAUUCCUUAGCCUAAAACUUGAAGGGGUGCUCUUAUUAAAGGAUGUUUUUUGAAGACAUGCAUUUGUAAGGAAAUCUCAAGUUCAAAGAAAAAGAUGUUGUCAAGAUACUUUAUGCAACUUGAACAUGUAUGUCUGCCCCCGAGGUUGUUCUGUGAAACAGCAUCUGCUGUGAAUACGAGUGAAUAUAUGUGCCUGUUUAUGGUCAAAAGGUUCUCAGAAGUAUCGUGGCUGCAUCUCUCUUCUGUUCUCCUCUGACUGUUUUUUUCCCACAGGAUGUCACAUUUCUGAUUUUUGAACCUAGUCUGACAGCUACGCUCUGCUCAUAUUGUAAAUUUCAUUUCGAAAUAGUGCCGAAUCCUUUCUCAGCCGCAAGGAGUCCUGAUUUUGUCCAUUUUCACAGUAACUAAGUCGAUUGGCUGUGGGUCAGAAGAUCCUUUUUAUUGUUUUCACCUUCAAGUGGAGGGGUUGAGAUAAAAAUUACCAUAGUAGGAGUAUUUAUUUUCAGCUGUGAAAAAGUAAUACAAGUUCUAUCAUAUUCAUAUGAAAUGAUUAAAUCAUAAAGACUUGAACUUGAACAUCAUUAUUGUUUUAUAUACCUUAAAACACCUAACUUAACAUCUACUAUGUCAAUGACACAAUUUGCUAUUUUUACUUAAUAAAUCACACAAGACAUUAAAAAGGC